AUGAAACUGUAUUUAGCAACACUGCUGUUGCUGCUGCUGCUCAUCUGCUGCAGCUUGAAUUGUGCGGUGUCUCUGCGGCACAACUUAAUCAAAGUGCGGGCGACCGGCUUUUUACCGUUUGAAUCGGAUUUGGUGCUGCCGCUGGGCAUUCUGCGUCAGCUGGAGGCACAGGAGCGCAGCUCACGGGUAUUUCCAGCACAUGCGAGGCCGUUGCGCUGGAGGACCAAGACUCAGCCCCGGCUCAAGGGCACGAAAGGUCAGGUGCGCCUGGAGCGUGCCCAUUCGAAUUCGAAUGCGGAUCCGAGCAUGCAAAUGUACAAUCUGAUCGAUGACGAUGGCGAACUGCUGCUCAAUAUGCGCGUCCACCAUCACAAUCAGAACAACCUGGACAGAUCCGCAUCCUGGCGUCCAUCAAAGUGGCGACCCACCACUAGCUCACCACUGGCGAUAGCUUCGUCUUCGCCGCGACCGCUGCCGCUGCAUCAGUAUCUCAAUGAGAACAGACGCAUCUUUGGCGGUCGUCAAGAUUGGAUCUACAAGUGAAAUCCGAUGCGUGCUGGCACAUCUUUAAUUUAAAUCUAUAUUCAACACACAUAUUUGUUACGCACACCAGC